AGUUGACAGGAAAGAGGAAGUGGCGGCUGAGAGGCCCUGGUGGGGCUGAGGUUCAGGAAGAGGGCGGAGCCCUCAGCCCGGACCCAGGAUGGCGGAGGCCAAUACCCCCUCGGAGCAGGAGCUGGAGAGUGAGCCUCGAAGCUGGUCCCUGCUAGAGCAGCUGGGCCUGGCCGGGGCAGACCUGGCGGCCCCUGGGGUACAGCAGCAGCUGGAGCUGGAGCGGGAGCGGCUUCGGCGGGAAAUCCGCAAGGAGCUGAAGCUGAAGGAGGGUGCUGAGAACCUGCGGCGGGCCACCACCGACCUGGGCCGCAGCCUGGGCCCCGUGGAGCUGCUGCUGCGGGGCUCCUCGCGCCGCCUCGACCUGCUGCAUCAGCAGCUGCAGGAGCUGCACGCCCAUGUGGUGCUGCCCGAUCCGGCGGCCACCCAUGAUGGCCCCCAGUCCCCCGGUGCGGGUGGCCCCACCUGCUCGGCCACCAACCUGAGCCGCGUGGCAGGCCUGGAGAAGCAGUUGGCCAUUGAGCUGAAGGUGAAGCAGGGGGCGGAGAACAUGAUCCAGACCUAUAGCAAUGGCAGCACCAAGGACCGGAAGCUGCUGCUGACAGCCCAGCAGAUGUUGCAGGACAGUAAGACCAAGAUUGACAUCAUCCGCAUGCAACUCCGCCGGGCGCUGCAGGCAGGCCAGCUGGAAAACCAGGCAGCCCCGGAUGAGACCCAAGGGAGUCCUGACCUGGGGGCCGUGGAGCUGCGCAUCGAAGAGCUGCGGCAUCACUUCCGAGUGGAGCACGCGGUGGCCGAGGGUGCCAAGAACGUACUGCGCCUACUCAGCGCUGCCAAGGCCCCGGACCGCAAGGCAGUCAGCGAGGCCCAGGAGAAAUUGACAGAAUCCAACCAGAAGCUGGGGCUGCUGCGGGAGGCUCUGGAGCGGAGGCUGGGGGAGCUGCCCGCCGACCACCCCAAGGGGCGGCUGCUGCGAGAAGAGCUCGCUGCAGCCUCGUCCGCCGCCUUUAGCGCCCGCCUGGCCGGGCCCUUUCCCGCCACGCACUACAGCACCCUGUGCAAGCCCGCGCCGCUCACAGGGACCCUGGAGGUACGCGUGGUGGGCUGCAGAGACCUCCCAGAGACCAUCCCGUGGAACCCUACGCCCUCAGGGGGUGGACCUGGGACCCCAGACAGCCGCCCCCCAUUCCUGAGCCGCCCAGCCCGGGGCCUUUACAGCCGAAGCGGAAGCCUCAGUGGCCGGAGCAGCCUCAAAGGAGAAGCCGAGAACACCAAUGAAGUCAGCACUGUGCUUAAGCUGGAUAACACAGUGGUGGGGCAGACGUCUUGGAAGCCACGUGGCCCCAGUGCCUGGGACCAGAGCUUCACUCUGGAGCUGGAGAGGGCACGGGAACUGGAGUUGGCUGUGUUCUGGCGGGACCAGCGGGGCCUGUGUGCCCUCAAAUUCCUGAAGUUGGAGGAUUUCUUGGACAAUGAGAGGCAUGAGGUGCAGCUGGACAUGGAACCCCAGGGCUGCCUGGUGGCCGAGGUCACCUUCCACCCUGUCAUUGAGAGGAUUCCUCGGCUACGACGGCAGAAGAAAAUUUUCUCCAAGCAGCAAGGGAAGGCGUUCCAGCGUGCUAGGCAGAUGAACAUCGACGUCGCCACGUGGGUGCGGCUGAUCCGGAGGAUCAUCCCCAAUGCCACGGGCACAGGCACCUUCAGCCCUGGGGCUUCUCUGGGAUCCGAGGGCCCGGACCACGGGGACAUAUCGGUGGAGAAGAAGCUGAACCUCGGCACUGACUCGGACAGCUCACCUCAGAAGAGCUCACGGGAUCCUCCUUCCAGUCCAUCGAGCCUGAGCUCCCCGAUCCAGGAAUCCUCCAUCACUCCCAAGCUGCCUUCGGAGACCCAGGAGACCCCAGGCCCCGCCCUGUGCAGCCCUCUGAGGAAGUCACCUCUGACCCUUGAGGAUUUCAAGUUCCUGGCGGUGCUGGGCCGGGGUCACUUUGGGAAGGUGCUGCUCUCCGAAUUCCGGCCCAGUGGGGAGCUGUUUGCCAUCAAGGCUCUGAAGAAAGGGGACAUUGUGGCCCGAGACGAGGUGGAGAGCCUGAUGUGUGAGAAGCGGAUCUUGGCGGCAGUGACCAGUGCGGGACACCCCUUCCUGGUGAACCUCUUUGGCUUCCAGACACCGGAGCACGUGUGCUUCGUGAUGGAGUACUCGGCCGGUGGGGACCUGAUGCUUCACAUCCACAGCGACGUGUUCUCUGAGCCCCGUGCCGUCUUUUAUUCCGCCUGCGUGGUGCUGGGCCUACAGUUUCUUCAUGAACACAAGAUUGUCUACAGGUGUGUGUGGUUUGACAAUUUGCUUCUGGACACCGAGGGCUACGUCAAGAUCACAGACUUUGGCCUCUGCAAGGAGGGUGAGGGCUAUGGGGACCGGACCAGUACAUUUUGUGGGACCCCGGAGUUCCUGGCCCCUGAGGUGCUGACGGACACUUCAUACACGCGGGCUGUGGACUGGUGGGGGCUAGGUGUGCUGCUGUACGAAAUGCUGGUUGGCGAGUCCCCAUUCCCAGGGGAUGACGAGGAGGAGGUCUUCGAUAGCAUCGUCAACGAUGAGGUUCGCUACCCCCGCUUCCUGUCCGCCGAAGCCAUCGGCAUCAUGAGAAGGCUGCUGCGGAGGAACCCAGAGCGGAGGCUGGGAUCUAGCGAGAGAGAUGCAGAAGAUGUGAAGAAACAGCCUUUCUUCAGGACUCUGGGCUGGGAAGCCCUGUGCCGGCGCCUGCCGCCGCCUUUUGUGCCCACGCUGUCUGGCCGCACCGACGUCAGCAACUUUGACGAGGAGUUCACCGGGGAGGCCCCCACGCUGAGCCCGCCCCGUGACGCGCGUCCCCUCACAGCCGCGGAGCAGGCGGCCUUCCUGGACUUCGACUUCGUGGCGGGGGGCUGCUAGCCCCCUCCCCUGCCCCUACCCCUGCCCGAGAGCUCUUAGUUUUUAAAAGGCCUUUGGGAUUUGCCUGA